UUCAGUCGGGAAAAAAGCCCCAGAAUUGCAACUUCUAAGACGAAUUUCCUGCAAUUCUGCGUGAAAUGUAUAUGCAUUAAUAUUUGAUUUAGUGUAAGGAGAGGCUUAUGAUAUUGUCGGUGAUAAGGUAUUACGGAAAGUACAAAGAAAUAUGGCAGAACAAGUGAGUUUUGUGCAGAGUGAAGACUGCGAGGCACUGCAAGAAGAGGUUGUGAACACCUCUUACGUGUGCGGAGAAUGCUUCCACGUCUUUUCCACCAUGGUGGAUUUUACAGCCCACGAUUGUACCGUAAAUGGAGGAGGGGCCUUCAUGGGCCAGGAUGAGAGCCAGUACCAUGAACAAAUUAUACACGAAGAGAGGAAUGAAGGCACAGGACAUGCAGAGACUGAAGCAGACAUGGAGGCAGCUGUUGCCAGCAUCCUUGUGGAGAAGAUGAAGCAGAAGGCACCCCAAAAGCAGACAUUCCAUGUGGUUCACCUGGAAGAGAAGCAGUUAGAAGAGGUUGCGUCUGGGCAGUUUGAGGAACCUACUAUCGAACACACCAGUAUCAUAGACUACCAGACAGAACCAGAUCCCCUGCUCCACAUUGUUGAACACACAGAUCAGCUUGAACCGGGGAUGGUUAUAGAAAGCAUGGAGAUUCCUUCAACUAAUGUAUACAUCUAUGAUAAUCCAUUUUAUCUCAAUCGAUUGAUGAAAGAUAAUACCUGUGGCAGGAGGGCUAGGCACGAUGCACCAUACACACAUCGGCUAGGACCUUGGGAUGAUAGGUCAAGCAGACUGCUUAUCCAGUUGUUGAAGGAAUACCCAAAAGCCUUUUUCAUAAUGGGGAAGAACUCCAAGAGAACAGAAGCAUGGGAGAUGAUCCGUUACAAGCUCAGUGAAGCUGGAUAUCAUUUCACUGUGUUGCAGAUACGAAUGAGGUGGAGAGAACUGUGCAAGAGAUAUCGCAAUAUUGUUAAUCACAAUGAUUUGCAUAAAACUCGUCGCUCCUGCCAGUUCUUUGAGGAACUAAAUGAUCUUUUUGGAGUCUGGGACAGCAAAGCAACAGAAAUCCUGAUCAAGGAGCUGGGAGCAAACGGCACCAAGCGUCUGGGUCAAAAUGGAGGGACUCGCAUGCGGUUUAAGGCCUGGCAACAGAUUUCCGAUGUCCUGGCAGAGAGUGGAUACAGGUUCACAGCAGAUCAAGUGCAUGGAAGAUGGAAUGCCUUAGUGAUGCUGUACAGAAGGAUGGUCAACCACAAUGCAAAUUCCAACAAUGAAACUAUGACAAUUGCUUUCAAGGAGUCUGUGGAAAGUGUGUUUAGCUAUACUCCAGACAGCAAGAUAUUUGAAAAGUGUGAAAAGCAGCUUAAUGAGAGAAUGAAAUGGACACCAUCCCUUGAGCGAUGUCUCCUAACAGCUUAUAAAAAUUUAGUUGACAGCCCCAAGAAAGAGCAAACAAAAAACAAUGAACUCUGGCAGAGGAUUACCACAUAUUUAGAGAAAGAAGCCAGUUAUGUUACAACUACAGAAAGAGUAAAGACUCGUUUCUAUGAGCUGGCAAAGCAGUAUGCAGCCAUGUUGCAGCAUAAUUCUGACCCAGGGACACUUUAUCGGGAGUCAAGACAUCAUGAAAUAUUGGCUGAGAUUUACAGCAGAUACAAUUGUUGGCCACAUGAUGGCUCUACUAUUAAACUUGAUAAAUCUAAUGCAAUACGACUGAGACAAUUAGAUGCCCAGCUUCUCUGGAGUGAAGAGGAGUCCAUUGCAGUAUUACAGCUCUACCCAAAUGUCUUGUUAGAUCACAUUAGUAACAGUGAUCAGCCUCAGCCACCAGAGGAAUUGUGGGUUCAGUUGGCCAAGGCAUUAUAUGCUUCAGAUGGUUAUGUGAAGGCUCCCUAUGAGAUAGAGGAGCACAUCACCCUCCUGCGCCGCGGCCACAAGAGCUCCAGACGCUUCCCAUUCCAAGCAGCAAUGGACCUCUUGGAAGAGACAGAGACCUCGCUCUGCUUCUCUCCCGAGUCCCCCUCGAGAGACAGUGACCAGCUCUUGCCCUACUGGAGUCAUGGAGCUGCCAGGCUAAUGCUCGACCUUGUCAUCCACUAUCGGCAGGAGGGCAUUAAAUUGAUGACGGACAAUCUCUUUGAGGUUAUUAGCCGCAACAUAGAGGAGGAGGGUUAUAGUUAUACAGCUGAUGAAUGCCGUGAAUAUUUCUUCCUUCUACAAAAGAUAUACAAGAAUAGGCUCUACAAUAGCAAGAAAAAGCCGACAGAGAAUGCGAAGACUUUUCCGUACAUGGACAGAAUGACAGAACUGCGGAUAAUUUCCAGCCAGCCAGGAGUGAACAAAAUAAACGACAAGUGUUCAGCUGUCCUCACUGCAGCUGCAUCUCAACUGACAGCUGUGAAAGAGUGCGAUAAGGAAAGUAGAAGGAGAGCGCUGGAGACUGCAUUGUUGAAAUGCAAAAUGCACUUGAGAGACGUUGCUCACAUUCGCCCUCCUCCUUCCAUUCGAGAGCUUGGAGGCUUUUUGAUGGCAGUUGUAAAGGAGAAAAGUGCCAAGCCCAAAGGGGAAGUAGAAGAUGUGAAAAAGCUGACAGAUAUUUUAAAGCCUCAUUUGGAUGUACUGGCUUUGAUUGCAGAACAUGGAGCAGUGCAUAUAUACCAUGACUACCAAGCAGAAGCUUUAAAAAGCCGAGAUAAAGAAUAUGAAAGAAGAAAAAUGAAAGCGAUUGGUGUACAAUGGACGAAUGACAACACCCGCAUUAUGUUGGAAACUAUCAAGGAAUGGCUUCUGCUCUGCCACGAUAAUCGAGAAAUGGAAGAGGUUUUAGGAUGCAGUCAACCACUUUGGGAAGAAGUUGCCUAUAAACUGAGUCGUCGCUUUAACAAAUGCCCUCAGAUUUGUUGGCAGUAUUUCAUUCGGUUGAGAAAGGAGUACCUAGCAGCACUGACCUCUGAAGGCUACCUGAAGUACAUACCAAGUUUGAAGACUUCUCACUGCCAAGAGCUUCUACAGGGUAUUUUGGCUCUCCAUACGUCACAUGAUGGGGAGUGGGAUGAGAGAGAUGCAAGAUGGAUGCAAGAAACAAGUGGAUGGAACUGCAAGGAGACACUUGAACUGCUCUUCACAGUCAGGGAAUUUUGGUCGGACGAAGAAGCACUGAAUUGGAAAAUGAUAAGCCUGAUGAUGAAUGCUGGAGGUUUUAAACGUGAUGCAAAAUCCUGCUAUAUGCGAUUUAAAGAGCUGUACACAGAAUACCAAGACGCUUCCAAGCACAAUGAGCACAGUAGCAUUCGAGAUCGCCAGAGGUCUUCCUUCUAUUACAAAAUACAUUCCUUGUUUGGGCACAGAGACAAAGUUCCUUCAUAUUACUCUGAGGACACAAAUGAAACAAGAAACACUGAUAUAGAUGAGGAAGAACUUAUUGAGGUGCUACUAGCUGGUAUGAAAGAGAUCAAGAAUCUGUCAUGCCACAGUGUUCCACGUGUUCCCCUCUUGCAGGCCUUGGCUCAGUAUGUGGACAUCCACUGCCAAUCCUCUGGUCUAGGAUUGAGUAUACAUGAGAUAUGGAAGUAUUUGGUACAGGUCCAUGACGCUCAGAUGGAGAGCAUCCAGCAGGGAGUUGAGGGGCCACUUGGAAUGGACUUAGAUGGGCUCUGGCUUGACAACCCCAAUCCUGUUGUGGCUUUUGGGGUCCAUUGUGUUCCUUAUCCAAAGUGGGAAAUGGUCAGUGAAUGGUCCCUAGAAGAGCUAGAGAUAUUAGUGGAUGCCAUUGGCCGAUGGGAAGGAACAUCAUCAGACAGCAUACAAACACAGGAAUCUUUAGCUGAAGAUAUUGCUCAACAACUGCAGGCUCAUGGCUAUGAUAAAUCCUCUGACCAUUGUAAAGAACAGUGGCAGUACAUGGUAAAAACAUACUGCCAUGGAGGCUAUCAGAAUUUCAAGAGCCAGAUUAACCUUGUGUACCUGUAUCAGCCAUCUGUGAUAAAAUCUGCCAUAUUUGAUCCAGAAAAUAGUUCACUUGAUGUUGACAUAGCAUCUCAAGGACAGAAGAAAAAUAAUGCAGAAAAGGUUACGGAUAAAAUCAUUAACAGUAGUAUGAAUAUGAGCAAUGUGUAUGAAUGCCUUGAUUUAGUAUGUGAUACUACAGAAUGCUCAGAAACACAGUUAAGAAGUAAUAGUAAUGAAAUUGGUGUAGAGAGUAACAUAAUAAAGAAUAGUGUUUAUCAUGCAAAAGAGCAAAUGGAAAGCUCCUCUUCACCAGAGAAACAGGAAAAUAGAUAUUCAAAUGAUGUAGAUUGCGAAAAAUUAAAAGAAUCUAACCAUGAUGAAACUGAAGUUUACAAGACUUUAAGGGUAAAAGCCAAAGUUCUUAGCAUUAGUGAAUUUCCUGAAUCUAAGAUAAUCAUGUGUCAGGUUCAGAAAAGUGGAGCAACACAGGUUUUAAAGCUUCACUAUCCAGUGAGAUAUAAUAUACCUAAUAAUAUUAGGUACCUAUACAUACCAAAAAACAUUUUGUGUCCUGAGCACAAAUUACAGACAGUGGAGCCAAGGACAGACUCCUAUAACAGAGAAAGUGAAGCCACAGAAAACACCAGCUUAAAACCUGAAGAAAGUAUGCAGCAUAAGACGAAGAUGAAAGUAACAAUAGAAAUGCAUUCCGAAAAUAAGGGAAAGAAAUGUUCUUCCAGCAAGAGAAAUAUAGAUAUGAAAAAAGAGGAUGGCAAAGAAAACAAGGAAACCAGAGGAGAAAACAGCAGAGGUACAAAAAGACUGAAACAAGAAGUCUAUUCAUCAGAGGAACCUGUCAGACUAAAGGUUCAAGGUAAUCAGCAGGGUAUCAGUCCCUCUCAUCAUAAAGAAAUGAUCAAAGGAGAUGAGAAUAGAAAAGAUGCUGAAAAAAGUAUUGAAAGGCUGAGACAAAAAAAGGAGAAAGAGUCACAAGAUGUUUUGCAAUUAGCUGAGGAGUACCACCAACAGUGUGAUCGUGAAGAUGACAGACUUGCCUCUCUCAUGAAAGAAAGUCAAGAAGAGUUUGCAAUGGACUUCCAAAGGGUUAUUUCAGCUUUUCAAGAACUGUCAGAUUUUCUCUGAUGGUGGAACGAUUUUUGAUACAUGUUUGCCAAAACCAGUGCAAUGCCAGUGCUAUUAUGUUUUGAAUUAUUAGUAGUUAACUGAGUAAUAAACUGGUCUCUCUUA